AUGGCCUCUUAUCUGAUUCGCCAACGGCUCCUAGAAAAUAAACAGCUCGACCUUCAAACUGCUUUUGACCAAGCAAAUGCCUUGGACUUGGCUCAAAAAAAUUCUGAAGCAUAUAGGAUGCCUGAAAUACCUACAACUGCAGCAGUCUCCUCCCCUCCGACAGAUGAGGUUGCUGAAGCUCAUGCCUUAGAUUAUGAUUCUCUAGCAGCUACAUUCACAUCGAAGAAAUGCUACUUUUGUGGUGAUAAUCUCCACAACAGAAGAAGUUGUCCAGCCCGGAAUUCUAAUUGUAACAACUGUGGAAAGAAAGGACAUUAUGCUAAAGUUUGCAAGUCAAAGGCGCCUUCAAUCACCACUGCUUCUAUGUUCACGCCUACUCUUUGUUCAAUUGUUGCAAGUUGUCCAGAAAGUCUAAAACAAGCAUCUGUAAAAGUCUCUAUUGGCGGUAUUGAACUGACAGCACUCAUUGACUCUGGGAGUUCGGAAAGUUUUAUAAGUGAAACUAUGGCAAGGAAACUGUCUCUCAAGCUUCAUCCAUCAACACAGAAGAUAUCUAUGGCCCUAACAUCUUUUAAAACUCAGAUCCUUGGUCACUGUUUUACGGAUAUUGUAAUUAAUCAACUUUCCUACUCAUCCAUUCGUUUGGGAGUCUUGAAAGAUCUCUGCAGUGACAUUAUCCUUGGGCAAGACUUCCAGAAGAAGCACAAGCGGGUCACCAUAGAGUUUGGCGGUACUAGACCAGAACUAGUAAUUCCUAGGCCUGCCUGUCCUCUUUCUUCGACAGCCUCCAUCGAGGAGCCUUCAUUGUUUGGAAACCUUCUCCCUGAAUGUAAGCCUAUCGCCAGUAGAUCUAGGCGCUUUAGCAAAGAAGACCAGGAGUUUAUCAAUCAGGAAGUUACAAAACUCCUGUCUGAAGGAAUUAUUGAGCCUACCAUAACACCAUGGAGAGCACAAAUUGUUGUUUCUAAAGAUCCCUCAAACCGGCACAAGAAGAGGCUCUGUAUUGAUUACUCUCAAACCAUUAAUCAAUACACAGAGCUUGAUGCGUACCCUCUUCCUCGGAUCGAUGACAUGAUCAACAACCUAGCACAAUACAAAGUUUUCUCAACGUUUGAUUUAAAGAGUGCUUACCAUCAAGUACCGAUAAAGGAGUCCGAUCGAAAGUUUACUGGGUUCGAAGCUAAUGGAAAACUGUAUCAAUUUUGCCGUAUACCGUUUGGCGUCACUAAUGGAGUGGCUGCUUUCCAGAGAGCAAUGGACAAUUUUGUUGACGAGGAGAACCUCAAUGACACAUUUCCAUAUCUGGACAACAUAACGGUGGCUGGGCGAGAUCAAAAGGAACAUGACGUAAAUGUUCAGGCAUUUCAUGAAGCAGUCCAACGCAGGAACCUUACUUUGAAUGAAAGCAAAUCAAUCGAAUCCAAGACAUCCAUCAAUGUAUUAGGUUAUCGGGUUGGCAAUGGGGUGAUCGCUCCUGACGAGGAAAGACUCCGCCCACUUCAAGAUUUUCCGCCGCCAGAGAGUAUCCGCUCCCUUCGCAGGGUGAUUGGCAUGUAUACUAUGCGAAGUGGAUACCGAAUUUCUCUGAUAAGAUAAGACCCUUGACGCAAGCUACUACCUUCCCACUAGAUAAGGCAGCAUUAUCGGCAUUUAAUAGGCUUAAGAAGGAACUUGAAGGUGCAACUCUUCAUUCCAUAGAUGAAACUCUUCCCUUUGUGGUUGAGAGUGAUGCGUCAGAUGUCGCUUUGUCUGCUACACUUAACCAAGGUGGUCGUCCUGUUGCCUUCAUGUCUAGAACUCUCCAAAGUAGUGAACUACAUUACCCCGCUGUUGAGAAAGAAGCUAUGGCUAUCAUAGAAGCAGUCCGUAAGUGGCGACAUUUUCUUGCUGGUCGUCACUUCACACUUAAAACCGACCAACGUUCCGUCGCAUUUAUGUUUGAUAGCAGGAAGCGCACGAAGAUAAAGAACAAUAAAAUGCAAGACUGGCGACUUGAAUUAGCUUCUUUUAGCUACACUGUGGAGCACAGACCUGGUAAGGACAAUGUAGCCCCAGAUUCAUUUACCCGAGCUUUCACUUCUUCAAUGUCAACGUCAGAGGGUCUCAUGGGAAUCCAUACAGCACUUAGCCAUCCUGGUGUGACUCGAAUGCUGCAUUUCAUAAGGUCGAAGAAUUUACCCUAUUCUACCCAAGAUGUCAAGAAGACGUGCUCAUCGUGUAGAGCUUGCGCAGAGCUCAAACCACAGUUUUGCCGACAGCAGGCUGGAGUCCUUAUCAAAAAGCUACGCAGCGGUCGCAGCCGAUGGAACAAUUGA